AAUAACACUAAAAUAACAUGCUUUUGCAUCUUCCUCUUUGCAUUAUUAUAGUAUUCAGAGAUUGAUCUUGGGCUUUUAAGAAACAGCAUUGUCUCCUAAAAACGUCCUCUACUGGUGCAAUGAAAGAAACCAAGCGCGUUUAAUAUUUUUAUGAGUGUUUUUGAUCUGAGUUGAAGCUGGCCGCCGCUGUUAUAAACUGGCCCCAGGCAGACGUGUGAACACACACUGAUGUCUUUGAAUUGCUGGACGCUUUGAACCGUCAACAAGUUUUAUCAAACACAGCCAACCCAUCAGAAGAAAAGCCUAAAACGAGAAACUCUGCUACCUGGACCGAUUCGGUCGAGGAGGCUGAAAUACUUGAUGAUCAAAGCGUCAGUGAAUCGAGCGUCUGGCGUUUCGAUGGGCUUUUUCUUGUUGUUGAGAUGGGGAAAGUUUCUGACCAACUCUAAAUCAGGUCAGCCUUCAUUCAUAGGCAGGGAGGAAAACAACGGUUUGCUUUUGUCUUUCCAUUUUUCGAACACUAUUCUGAUAAACAAUUCCAUUUAGCAUUAUUUAGAAGAGCAUGCUUUGCUUUGUACGUCCCGUCCUUGUAUAAUUAUCGUCAUCUGUUGGUGCAAGCUAAAGACAAACAAACAAAUAAAAGGGGGUGGUGAAAAGCAGCACCCUGGCAGCCGCCCAUAUUCCAUGUAUAGAGAUGACUUGCAUGGCUAGCUCCAUUGAGAAUCACUUACGCCAUCGCAGCGCUUUAUGUACUGCGCCGAUCCGACCUUUUUUUUUAUUAUUCCGCUGAUGCUUAAGGUGGAACGGCGUGUGAAGAGUUCGACCGCCUGUCAACAUAGUGAUUCCCACUGAGAUUUCAUUGAGAGCGCUGCCCGUGAAAGGAGACGCACACAUGUGAACGGCUGUGCAAGAGAAGCAGAGAUGAGAGGCUCUGAGGGUGGCCGGAUUGGACAAGGGACACCUCUUUUGGUGGUUGAAGAAGAGAUGGCUGGGUACUGAAUGAUGGGCAGAAAACUGGGCAUGCAGCCAGUCGUGGGGGCCUACUGGGGAAAUGCGUCGGGCCGACCUUUGGGGAAACAUGAGUAUUGGUGCAUGUGUGUUGUAAAAUAGGAUUAUGCCAUGCAUAUGGUUACAGGUCUUUUCUUGCAUGAUAUAUUUAAGGUAAGGCGCCUACCUUAUCAAUAUGUGUGACCCAGGACCACAAAACCAUAAGAGUCUAUAUAAAUAUGCUUUCCAUUGAUGUACGGUUUGUUAGAAUAGGACGAUGAUGGGCUAUUUGCAAAAAAAGGUACAAAUUUUGAAUUCUUAGCAAUGCUUAUUACUAAUCAGAAGUUAAGUUUUGAUAUAUUUAUGUUAGGUUUGCAAAAUAUUUUUUACUUUAGUAUCCUAAUGAUUUUUGCCAUAAAAGAAAAAUGAAUCAUUUUGACCCAUGCAUUUUGGGCUAUUGCUAUAAAUAUACCCUAUAACUGCUAUUGUGCUCCAGGAUCAUAUAUUAGACCGUUAGGUAGCUGUUUAGGAAGCGUCUUUAAAUCUGUCUCGCUAUAUUGGUUUGUCAUCAAGACAGCUAAAUCCAAUGAGCAAUCCUCACUAAAAUGCAAGGUUCCCAAUGAAUGCGUUUGAGAUGGUCACGAUUAGAAAAUACAUCGUAUUUAACAUAAUCUUACAUUUUUGCACGAGGUUAGCCGUGGUCACCCUACAUUAAUACGUUGUCAGUUUAAAUAAGAAAAAGCCACAUCAGCUAACUUUUAUGCAAAUGUGGAAUCCAAGGCCUCUUGGGAGCUGAUGUGGCUUUUGAUCCCAGAGUUAAGAUGAUAAUCAGCUUUUUCAGAGUGGUAAUCCAAUUUGUUCAUUUGGAGCAGCACUUCUUAGCAUAUUUGCCAAGAAGCUCUCAGCAAUGGGCAGGGACCGGGUCAAAUCAGUUGUCACGGUGAUUUGUAUACAUGUACAUGCAAACAAGCAUAUGCAUGCACUAAUAUUAUCAGUAUGCACCAAUGUGUAAAAGAAGAGAUUGCACGUAAUGCCUUAAUAAAUAUACACAGUACGCACGCAUGCAUUAUGUAAACAAAAACUUACAUUUUAAAUACGAUUGAUCGCUCUUAAUUGAUUGACAUUGAGACAUGCAUAAAUACAUACAUGCACCAAUAUGUAGAAGAGGUGAUUAUAUUUCAGUUUAUUGUUUCAGGCUGGUAUCUUUUUCUUGGAAUCGAGGCCAGCAAGGCUAGUGUCAUUCAUUCAAUAUAAAAUGUAAAAAGCAACCAUGAAAUGAUUGUCUAGUGAAGCUGAUAGCACUAUUAAAGUAAUAAACCGCCGUGCUCAAACAAUUCAUGGCCUCGUUCAGCGCUUAUGUAAUUCCCAAACAAUCUUUAACCUAGUUUUUAAUUUUUUUUUUUCAUUUUAGGAGGGUUUUAUCUCCUGGAAGACUUUCAUUGAUAAACGUCCAUGUUGUAACACAUCAAAAGCGCUAGAUUUCACACUGGAAGACGGCAUUUGAGCCAAGAAGAGUGUCUCUGAUGGUUCGGUGCUCACUUAAUGGCAAUGCACCCUUUGGGCCUGUGUAACAAUAACGAUGAGGAGGACUUGUACGAAUACGGCUGGGUCGGAGUGGUCAAACUGGAGCAGCCCGAGCUGGACCCCAGCUGCCUUACUGUACUGGGCAAGGCGAAGAGAGCUGUUCAGAGAGGAGCCACAGCCGUUAUCUUUGACGUCUCCGAAAAUCCUGACGCCAUCGACCAGCUGAACCAGGUUUCAGAGGAUCCUUUAAAGAGGCCUGUGGUCUAUGUCAAAGGAGCUGAUGCGGUUAAAUUGAUGAACAUAGUCAAUAAGCAAAAAGUUGCACGAGCCAGAAUACAACAUCGACCACCGAGGCCCACAGAGUAUUUUGACAUGGGAAUCUUCCUGGCGUUCUUCGUUGUGGUGUCUCUGGUGUGCCUCAUCCUCCUCAUCAAGAUAAAGCUCAAGCAAAGACGCAGCCAGAGCUCUAUGAACCGGAUGGCCAUUCAGGCCCUGGAGAAGAUGGAAACACGCAAGUUCAAGGCUAAGGUCAAGGGUCAGCGUGAGGCCAGCUGUGGCGCAUCAGACACAGUGAGCAGCAGUUCCACAUCAGACUGUGCCAUAUGCCUGGAGAAAUACAUCGAUGGCGAGGAGUUGAGAGUGAUCCCUUGUGCACACCGGUUCCACAAGAAAUGCGUGGACCCUUGGCUCCUUCAGCACCACACUUGUCCACACUGCAGGCACAACAUUAUUGAACAAAAAAAGGGAAACCCAGGCGCUGUUUGUCUUGAUCCAGGAAACCCAGUCCACAGCCGCCAGCAGAGAGUCGUCCUCCCUGUUCAUUAUCCAGGAAGGGUGCACAGAGCUGGGCAAGUGACGGCCUUCCCUACUCGGACCAGCAUGGACCCCCAUGGAAACCCCAUCACUGUUCUUACAGUGGACCAACACCCUGAGCAAGGCCUCUAUCCUCCACAGUCUUCCUUCAUACGGGGUUACCCUGCUCUCCACUUGGAGCACACGCUAAACCCGCACCAUUGCGGCCUGGAGCACCGCGCUUAUCCGCAAACCCACACUUUCAAACGCCCCAAAUUCCACGGCCGCAAUUUUUCUCGUGCCGCCUGCUAUUCCCAAUACGAGACCAUGUACCAGCACUACUAUUUCCAGGGCUUGACCUUUCCGCAAGCUGAAGGUCAGCAAGGUAACGGACUCCACAAAGGUCACAGUCGACCCUUCCAGCCAGGACUUUUGUAUCCUACUGUGGUGCACAUGGCCCCGGCUUCCUCUUCCCGACUGGGCGACUCUGGAAGCUCCUCGGGACUUAGUUGUUAUCACGGGCAUCGCUCUGUGUGUAGCGGAUAUCUUGCGGACUGUCCCGGAAGCGACAGCAGCAGCAGCUCGGGUCAGUGCCACUGCUCUUCCAGCGACUCCAUGUUGGAUUGCACGGAAGUCAGCAACCAGGGAGUGUAUGGGAGUUGCUCGACCUUCCGGAGUUCGCUAAGCAGCGAUUACGAUCCCUAUGUGUACCGCAGUAAGAGUCCGUGCCGGGGUUCGGCCGGGGAGGCGUUUGCUGCCACCCCUCAAACUGAUGAUACUUCUGCCCCAGUAUCUAGUAUGAUAGACUGCCUACAGCCUCCGGUGGGAGCAUGUUACGGUUCUGGGGACCAGUUGUCCAACUGCAGCCUGGAGCCGAACUGUAGUAGCCACUCUUCGGUGGAAACCAGGGAACUUACUAGCACUACCUCAGCCGGGCCCCUAGAGGGCGCCGUGGCAGAAAGGAGCCACGGCUCUGUGAAGCCUUGCGGAGAGCAAGGGGUAGCUUGCAACUGCUGUUUCGAGGUACCCAAAUUAAACUUAGAGCGCAAAGGUAAGGAAGCAGAUGGACCCUGCAGGUGGGCCGCCGAGUCUUCCCCACCAAACUUUUAUAGCGUUAGCACAGAGCAGCUUCCGUCUCCGGAUCACGUUAGCUACGACGGCCUGCCAUGCUGCUUCUACACAGAGAUGACUGUGCACAGAGGAAGCGCUAGUCAUUACGCAGAAGAUUGUUCGGUUAAUGUACAGUACGCCCAGACGGACAGCGACGGCUGCAUGGGACAGGGAUGCUGCGAGCUAGCGCAGCGGAUACCCAUAAUUCCUGAGGAUACAGACUGUGAAUUAGGCUUGGGUCCAGAACCACAAACAAGUUUGCUCCCUCCUAGACUUCCUGUAGAGAGGGAGGAGAGAACUUCUGAGGAGCAUUGUGACUUGUUUUUCACCUCAGGACAAUGUAGAGGUCAAGUUGAAGAGGCAAGAGCACUGUUUCCCUCGUCUGAAGCACAAGGGGGCGGCAAAGCGUCGUUUGAUGGAUCGGGGCUCUGAUAGGAAGCCCUCAACGCAGCGCAAGCUCUUGAAAAUCAAUAAAUGUUAAGCUCUUUAACGGUUUUGUUGAUAAAAGUGUACUUACCAGAAAGGGUUUGAGUUUCAAAUUAAGAUUUAGUUUUUUUAUUCUUUGGUUUUCUUGUUCAUUCCUGUGGCCUUCGGAAUCUGUCACAUCAACUCAAUAUUUAUAGAAGGCGAAAGUACAAAGCUAUAUUUUCCUCGUGCAACACAAACUCAGAAACGUGAGUCAUAUGGAGCAUCAUCAUAAUAUGCUUCUUUCUUGACUGGAUUAGGACCAGGGAAAAUGUCUGUAAAUGUAUACGACUAACUUUUUACGCUUUUAUGACGAUUUGGAUUAUGCCCGAGCUCCGUGUUAUUAGCCACGAUGAUUUGAAUGAUUACACACAUUUCGUUGAGAACCGCAUGCAUGUGAGCAGCGCAAAGUCGUACAUCUCGGUCAAUUAAAGGAUUUCAUUUAGAGAAAUAAGAACCAAAAUGGGACACUGCAUCUUGAGGGAGUGCACAACAGGUGCUGAGGUAACUUCUCUGAAAAUGUAACUAGGAAUAUGUACGCCUCCCUCUUUCUCGUCACUUCUCAGGGCCUUUGUCGUUUUAGUACAGAAACAGACCAAUACAAAAGCUUUUUUUUUUUUUUUUUUUUUUUAUUAAAUAUAUUUUAUAUCAAUGGAGACUACUGAGCUACAUAUAUAUCACACCAAAGUUUAGUUUGUCUCCAGGGUACAGUCAAAACACCACUGGUAGAAUUAGAACCUGACUACUCUUAGGGUUAGAGGCGUAGGAUGUCUAGUAUUUGACCCCUAAUAAUAUUUUUAUCAUUUGUUUUUUUUUUUUUUUUUUUAAGCUAACAGUUUGUCAGAAAGACGCCAAAGUAUAAUGGUUUAAAGAGAUUGGAAUGCAGUGGUAUAUAUAUUUGUAUGUAUAUAUAUCAUAAACCGCAUAAUUACCUUUAAUAACUACACGUUGCACUCAUGCUUUUACACAUACAUCAUCAUAUCAUGCCUUUCUGUUUUUACAGAGUAUUUUAUACUGUUUCUAUGAAAUGUACCCAUACAGCUUACACAGUUUAAAAUAACUUUAUUUAUACAUAGACUAAAACAGUGCCGUAACAAGAAUCUACUCUUGCCUUGCAUAGAGAUAUGUACUGCAAAUAUAGCAUUUUUUUUCUGGGUACUUGAGUCACUAUUUAAUAUUUCGUAUUGUUUGUAGCACUUAAGAUUGUAUAAAAGAAAAUGUGUACAAAAAUUAAUAUUUUUUAAUUUUUUUAAAGAUAUAAUUAUUUUCUCCAUUAUCAUUUUACAAAUGUUAAAGGUUAGAGCUCGAUCUGUGUAUAUUUCUGUAUCUGUAUAGCAGCACAUUUCAUAAAUGGAAAAUGUUCUCUGAAUAUUUAUUGACUAAUAUAUUUAUCUUUAAGCCAUGUCUUAUGUUCAGAGUGUCUGUGAGGUUUUUUGUUUUGGGUUUUUUUUUUGAGAACUAAUAAGAGACUUUGUAAAUACAUGGUAAUUGCACACAAGACGAUUAAAUAUUCUCUGACCAAAAACUGAUUUAAAAAUUUUAGUACAGUUUUGUAACAAAGUGUACAAAGAUCUUAAAAAAUAUAUGGUUUUAUUAAAGUAAAAACGCA